AUGGCUGUUGAACCCCUCUUGAGUACCAGAGCACAGCGGGCCUUCGUGGGUACCAUCGUGUUGCAGGCGAUCGUGGUACUUGUGAUGGUCGCGAUCACUUUCGCAUUCGUGGAGCCGGACGUUGAUUAUACCAUUACUCGGUACAAGACAUUGCCAUGUUAUCUGGCACUAUUCGCACUGGCAGAGAUCUUCGAGCUUGUGAUGACCUUCGAUGCGUUGAGAUUGCGAAAUGUCAUUCAACUAAUCGGAAUUCUUUUGUUCCACAUGGGGCUCACGGUUAUGGCUGCCCUACAAAUUCACGAAACGAGAACCGCAUUAGUUUGGGACAGUGGCAGUGUUCUAAACACUUCUGGUCCCGGGAGUCUAUGGCAUAAAGUAUUACCCUUCUUGGUUGUCACACCAAUUGUCAUCGGUGUGGCGUGGUUCGUUAUGCUCUACUUUUUCAGACAUCUUUACUACGAGUUUGGAUGGGCGAUCUUCCACGUCGUUGGCGCCGACCCAAAGAUGAAGACGAUGUACCAGUACUACCAAAUUCUGAUUUGCCUGCUGAAGUUCGACUUCUUCGCGUUUACUGGUGUCACCAUGCAGUUGCUUAUCAUAGUGCUAAGAGAAAAUAGCGCCGAGUUUGGGUUGACGGUGGCCGCUAUACCCAUCGUUCUAAUAUUGCUUGCUUUGUCCGGCAUUGCCGUGCAAAGAGAGAUCAAGUGGUUGAUGUCGAUCUCUCUCAUUUUGAUGCUGGCAGCUCAAACAUACUUCAUCUACAAACUUGUUCGUUUCUAUGAACCGUCAUCCGACCAGCAAUACCUCUCGACACGAGCUACACUAACAGUAUUCACCAUCGCUGCUUCACUGCUACUUUUCGCCACGUUUGGCAUGGGCGUGCGCUGUUUCGCCGACUUUGACAAAGGUCUCGAUAAGUCGAAGCUCCACGAUGUCACCACCGGGCCGAGGUACUCAUCCUACAUCUUCGAUCCAGCAGGGGAGAAGCACACGCGGAAACCGUCCUACAGCGCAGGCGUGGAGAUGGCGCAGAGGAUCUCUAUCGAGUAA